AACUACGCACAUUAGCAAAACCUUCCCGCAACAGAGAUCAGGUUAAGUUUAGACAACGUUACUGGCUCCGGUUAUCCCCACCGCUAGCUUCCAAAGAAAGAUGGGAAAUAUCUGCGGCAAGUCGGAAAGUGAAAACUUCUCUCAGCCCGGUCGCGUUCUCGGUUCCGCCCCGCCCCCCCAGCCGGAACGCUCGUCCGUCCCGGCUUCCGUCGGCGGUCCGCCUCGGACAUUGGGCGGAAACCCUCAAAAGCAGCCACAAGACAAUAGCAACGCGGAGGAGGCUCGGAAACGAGCUGCUGAAGCUGCCGAGGCAAGGGCAAAUGCUACGGCCUCCAAGUCUACGGGGAAGCUAGGCACGCAGUUGGCAGCACAGAAGAAGCAGACACGCAACGAUACGCUCAAGGAGCUUAGCAACAAUGAGAUAAGGCAACGAGAUGCUGACGAGGCAGCAAACGCGAGAACUCAUAACUAGGUAGUUACCUAUAUAAAUAAGGCGCGAACAUAUCGCAAUAUGCAUUUUAAUUUAUAGCAUUACUUAGCGACUCUUCAUUCGAUUCGAAAUGUCUACGUCUGUCU